UGGAGCGCGCGGGAGGUCGCGCUCGGCCAUCGAGGCGCAGCUGGGCGGGGACGAAGAUUGGGACCAAGAUGCUGUCCAACGUGACCCAGGUCGGGGUAGCUCUUCUCUCUAAGCUGGCGUACCAGGUGCCUUGGACACAGGUGGGCCUCUCUGUCCUGUGUUUUUACCUUGCCUUUGGAGGCUGGAAGUUCAUCUGGAUCAUCUGGAAGACCCUUGGACGUGAUAUUUUUGCUGGGACAGUCCUGUUGAAGGUAAAGAAGAAAGUGAGGAAAUACCUCCAGGAGCACCAGACUGUGCCCACAAUCUUUGCUACCACCAUGAAGCGCCACCCAGACAAGACAGCCCUGAUAUUCGAGGGCACUGAUACCCACUGGACUUUCCGCCAGUUGGACAACUACUCCAAUGCAGUUGGCAAUCUGUUGGAAGCCCGGGGCCUGGUUUCUGGGAAUGUGGUAGCCCUCUUCAUGGAGAAUCGAAAUGAGUUUGUGGGGCUCUGGCUGGGCAUGGCCAAGCUGGGGGUGGAAGCAGCCCUUAUUAACACUAAUCUGCGACGAGAUGCCCUGCGUCACUGCCUGACUACCUCUCAGGCCCGUAUCCUCAUUUUUGGCAGUGAGCUAGCUUCUGCUGUUUAUGAAAUCCACAGCACCCUGAACCCCGCCUUGAGUCUCCUUUGCUCAGGGGAUUGGGACCCCAGCUCUGUGCCAGCAGGAACUGAACACCUGGAACCCCUUCUGAAGAAUUCCCCCAAGAACCUACCCACGCAACCAAAUAAAGGCUUCACUGAUAAGCUUUUCUACAUCUACACCUCCGGCACCACGGGGAUGCCCAAAGCUGCCAUCGUGGUGCACAGCAGGUAUUACCGGAUGGCUGCCCUGGUCUACUAUGGCUUCCGAAUGCGUUCUAGCGACAUUGUAUAUGACUGCCUCCCCCUCUACCACUCAGCAGGAAACAUUGUGGGAAUUGGACAGUGUCUGAUGCACGGAAUGACUGUGGUGAUCCGAAAGAAAUUCUCUGCCUCUCGAUUCUGGGAUGAUUGCAUCAAGUAUAACUGUACGAUUGUCCAGUAUAUUGGAGAGUUGUGCCGAUACCUUCUGAACCAGCCUCCGAGAGAAGCAGAGACACAGCACUGUGUGCGCAUGGCCCUAGGUAACGGGCUUCGACAGUCUAUCUGGAUGGACUUCAUCAAUCGUUUCCACAUCCCCCAAGUGGCUGAGUUCUAUGGGGCCACUGAAUGCAACUGCAGCUUGGGGAACUUCGAUAGCCAGGUGGGGGCCUGUGGCUUCAAUAGCCGAAUCGUAUCCUUUGUCUACCCUAUCCGACUGGUCCGGGUGAACGAAGACACCAUGGAGUUGAUCAGGGACCAUAACGGCAUCUGCCUUCCCUGUAAUCCAGGGGAGCCGGGCCAGCUCGUUGGCCGAAUUGUGCAGCAUGAUCCUCUUCGGCGUUUUGAUGGAUACAUCAACCCUGGUGCCAACAAUAAGAAGAUUGCCCAUGAUGUCUUCAAGAAGGGAGACAUGGCCUACCUCAGUGGUGAUGUGCUGGUGAUGGAUGACCUGGGCUACCUGUAUUUCCGGGAUCGAACAGGUGAUACUUUCCGGUGGAAAGGAGAGAAUGUCUCCACUACUGAAGUGGAGGGGACCCUGAGCCGACUCUUAGACAUGGCUGAUGUGGCCGUGUAUGGGGUAGAGGUGCCAGGUCUGGAGGGCCGGGCAGGCAUGGCUGCCAUUGCAGACGUCAAAGGUGGCUGCAACCUCACCGAAUUUGCCAAAGCGCUGCAGAAGGAACUCCCACUCUAUGCCCGCCCCAUCUUUCUACGCUUCUUGCCUGAGCUUCAUAAAACAGGGACCUACAAAUUCCAGAAGACGGAAUUACGGAAGGAGGCCUACAAUCCAGCUUUGGUGAAAGACCCCCUUUUCUAUCUGGAUAUCCAACUCAAUAGCUAUCUUCCCCUGGACUCCAAGGCUUACGCCCGUAUCCAAGCUGGGGAUGUGAAGCUGUGAUUGUCUCUAUCCCUGCUCCCACUCCAGGGGCUGGACUGAGUCAGGGGCCAAGCCCCUGGAGGGUUCUUGGGGAACAAAGAAGGGUGUCAGACCAAAGUAGGCAGCGGUAAGGGCCAUUCCCCCUCCUCCAGAGUGCUGACUGGGGUGGAGGGAAGGACACUUCUGCUCUGAAAUUGCCAAGUGACUUUACUGCCGUCUUUCUCUGCCCCCACAUUAGAGGUUUUCCAUGAAAGCCUUGUUGUCUGGGGAGCUGGAAGGCUUAGGGUAGGACAGGUUCAAUCCUUCAUUUUGUCUCCACACCUCAGAGAGCA